CUGUGUAGCCCUGGCUGUCCUGGAACCACUCUGUAGACCAGGCUGGCCUUGGACUCAGAAAUUCUCCUGCCUUUGCCAAAAGCUGGCAUUAAAGGCAUUUGUCACCACCACCUGGCCUAGUUUUUUUUUUAUUUUUAUGUAUGUGUGUGUGUGAGUGUCUGGGCACCUACACAAGCCAGAAGAAGGUGUCAGGUCUCCUGAAGCUGGAGUUAUAGGUGGUUGUGAGCCACCCAACACGGAUACUGGGAACUAAACUCAGAUCCUCUGGGAGUCAUCUCUGAAGAUCAGCAAGUGCUCUUAACUGCUGAGACGAUAGGAGUCCAACAACUUUGCAAAAUUAUUUUAUUUGCCUUUUCAUAAGUUUUAGGAUAAAUUUAUCAAGAUGGCACAAUGGUGCACACCUGUAAUGCUAGCACUCAGGAGGAGCAUGAGUUCUAGGCUAGCCUGAGCUACAUAGCUAAACCCUAUCCUCCCCAAAUUGAUGUCUAGAAUGUCAAACCUUCCAUUUCAACACAAACCCAGAGGCUAGGGAUGUAGCUUAGUUGAUGGUGCCUGCUAAUCCAAGUUGGAGGCAGAGGGAUCAGAAGUUCAUGGUCAUCUUUGACUAUAUAGCACGGAACAAAGUUCUCUUUCCAACCUUCAAAUCAGAUUCUGCCCAGGUAGGUGGCCUGGGGGGUGUAGUACGAGUUCCCAAAUGCAGGUUUUACUCAUUUCUGUAGGGAACUGUCCAAGGGCUUUACCAAUCUGGGCAGAGAGCCAGGUCCCCACUAUUAUUGGACUAGGAACCCACGGAUUUGCAGUCCCUGUCCCUCCCGCCAGGGGGCAGCCCGCCACGACUCGCAGGUCGCGGGUACCAGCUGGCUGAGUGCUGCGUGGAGAGGUGUGGCGGGAAGCUGCAAACGCUUGGUACCUAGUGUGGGUCCCUGGCAGAGGGAGGAGCCCAAGGUGGUCAUCCGGCCUUAACUCGGUCCCUUCGAUCUCUCGGCGUCCGGGGCUGCCAGGACCCCGGGAGGGAGGUCAGCUGUCAAUCCCGCGGCUCAGAAGAGCGAUGGAUGCGGAUUCCAGACUUGCCUCCCGGACCUGGGCGAUCCCAGCUCCUACACCGACCCGAUCCCCCUUUCCCAAUCCUGCAAAGCUCGAGAACUGCUCCCCGCGCCUGGAUCCUCGAGUCCCGCCGGGCUGAGGGGGGCGACGACAACCGGGGAGAUCCGCACCCCGCCCCUCUUGGCCCCGCCUUUAUCGCUUAGUCCCACCUCUGACAGCCAGCCCCGCCCACGAGGCGCUCGAGACUAGAACGCCGCGAGUCCGGAAGUCUCGCGAGACUGAGGCGCCCUUGCGCAGGCGCCUGCGGUAAGGGGGUGGGCCGGAGAACGGAGGCCGGGAAGGCUACGAGCGGAUGGGUUCCGGCUUGGGAACGCGGGUGCGCGUGCGCAGUGCGUAGUCCUUGCGGGCGCCACUCUCCGGCGUCCCUGUUGCGACCGCCUCUUCGUCUUCAUUCUUUCUCUGGGUGUCUGGGGCAGCAGCGCCCGGUUGGGUCGGCCGGCCAGGCGCACGCGAGUGAAGGGCACCGUGGAACGGAGGAGGACUCAAAGCAUGGCGGAAAACAGAGAGCCCCGUGGUGCCAUCGAGGCCGAGCUGGACCCCGUGGAGUACACCCUUCGGAAACGACUUCCUCACCGCCUGCCCCGGAGGCCCAAUGACAUUUAUGUCAACAUGAAGACUGAUUUUAAGGCCCAGCUAGCCCGCUGUCAAAAGCUGCUGGACGGAGGCAGUAGGGGGCAGAACGCAUGCACUGAGAUCUACAUUCAUGGCUUGGGCCUGGCCAUUAACCGCGCCAUCAACAUCGCCCUGCAGCUGCAGGCGGGCAGCUUUGGCUCCCUACAGGUGGCCGCCAAUACCUCCACCGUGGAGCUGGUGGAUGAGUUGGAACCAGAGACUGACUCCCGAGAGCCACUGACCAGGAUCCGGAACAACUCGGCCAUCCACAUCCGGGUCUUCAGGGUCACGCCCAAGUAAUGGAAGUGAAGCUGACUUUCAUCCACCAACUCCUUUGUGCACACACAUCCAGGCUCCAUGUGGCUGAGGUUUCUACUGAGUCAUAUGGCUCUUGUUUUGGCAUGGACCUCUUGUCAGAGCCUUGUAAGAAAAGGCAUGUUACCUCAGCCUAGAGAACUGUAAAUGGAGAGCCCAAGAAGGGAAUCCUCCUUGUCCUGUACAAUAAAAAUAUCAAGUUGUGUUGGU